AUGAUGUUGAUCCGUCGUCUAGACCUAAACUUUAAAGGUAGAAGAGAGAAGCAGUCGAAGAGAACAACCCAAACCAUUGAUUAUAGCCUAGGCCAGGUGACUUUACCCAAAAUUGUGGUGAAAUCCCCAGUUGUACAUGACACAUGGACCGAUGGGAAGUUUAUCACUUACAUGAUCUGUAUUAGGACAGACCAUCCAUCUUUUCAUCUCCAUUUGUCGGCUAUUAGACGACGCUUCUCUGAAAUACGAUGGCUAUUGAAAGUUCUCAGAGCGAACCAUCCACAUAUCCAAUUUCCUGCGCCACCUGCGAAAAAGAUUUUUGGAGAGCAGUUUGAGAGCACCUUUGUUAACUUCAGGCUGAAGGAAAUAGAAGAGUUUCUCAAUAAACUGGUAGCCACAGACACUGUGCUGUCUGAUACAGCCUUCCACUUAUUCCUGCAGACAGAUCUGACAACCCAAGAGAUAGAACAAUAUUUCGAUGGAACUCUCCCAGAAGCCACCAUUGACAGGGCCUGGCAGAAUGCAAGUCAUCUCCAUAGCAGCAUUAUGCCCUUGGAACCUCAAGAAAUUGUGAUGGGCAAGGAAGAUUUGCACUACAGCAGCCAGAUGUCACUGUCAUCAGAAGACUUAAGUUCCCAGUCCAGUUUCAGGAAUGAUAAUUGUGGGCCUGCACUUCUAGAUGUGAUUAAUUGCAAUUAUGUGAGAUAA